CCGCGGGAGGCGGGGCGUGGCGGAGGAGCCCGGCGGGGACCGAACUUCCGUCUCCGGCAGCGGCAUGGGCAAGAAGCGGAGUGGGGGGCUUGGCCGCUCCCUGCAGCGGCAGCGCGGGCUGGAGCGCCGCGGCGCCUCCUCAUGGCUACACGCGAGCGAGGUGUGCGGUGAGCGAGGGCCAGACCUGCGGUCGGCUCCCGAGCAGAGCCCGCUGGAGGAGUUCUUGGCCACGGCCGAGCUGGCCGGCACCCGCUUCGUGGCCGAGCGUCUGAACAUCCAGAUCGUGUCUGCCCAGAGCCGCACCGGCCUGCUCACGGCACAGGAGGCCCAGCACGUCCGGCAGCUGCAUGAGGAGAACCAGCAGUUCCUGCGCAUCCCGCGGAGGCCACGCUGGGAUCAGACAACCAGUGCAGAGGCCUUGCAGCAAGCUGAGAGGGAGAGCUUUCUUGAAUGGAGGCGACAGCUUGCUCACCUUGAGGAAGAAAAAAAGUUAAUUCUAACCCCAUUUGAACGCAACUUGGAAUUUUGGCGUCAGCUUUGGAGAGUCAUUGAAAGAAGUGAUAUUGUAGUCCAGAUAGUAGAUGCCAGAAACCCCCUUCUGUUUAGAUGCCAAGAUCUGGAAAGUUAUGUUAAGGAAGUCAGCAAUGACAAGGAGAACAUGAUCCUGAUAAACAAAGCAGAUUUGCUGAGUGAGGAGCAGCGGGCUGCCUGGGCACAGUUCUUUGAGAAAGAGGGUGUUAAGGUGGUGUUCUGGUCAGCUUUGGCAGAGUGCAAACAGCUGUCUGGAGAAGAAAAGGAACUAAAUGCUGAAGAAGUAACAGAAGACCUGAGUGAUUCUGAGGAUGAAGGCUCCAUUCAAGAAGAAGGUGAAACAGAGCAAGAUAGUGCAGAAAGUACAUCCCCAGGCAACUCUCUGCAAACUGUAAACCAAGUUCUGGUUAGUGAUGAUGACAGUAGUGGUGAAUAUGAGGACUGUGAAGAUGACGAUGAGGAGGCCUGGCAAACCUGUUCUGAAGAUGGUGGGGACAAAGUAAACGCUAUUGCUCCAGGGAGGAUCGAAAGCAGGACUGCUGGUGCUGAAGUGCAGGAUAUAGUGCAGGAGCAGAAGAGGAACAUCAGGAACUUCAGCCAUCUGGUGCAGAGAAAUGAGCUGCUGGAGAUAUUCAAAACCAUGCACAAUGGACCAAGGGUGAAGGAUGGGGAAGUAAAUGUUGGGCUGGUGGGUUAUCCUAAUGUUGGCAAAAGUUCAACCAUCAACACAAUCCUUGGAAAUAAGAAGGUGUCAGUGUCUGCUACACCAGGUCAUACAAAACACUUUCAGACUCUAUAUGUGGAGCCUGGCCUGUGUCUUUGUGAUUGCCCUGGUCUGGUGAUGCCAUCUUUCAUCUCUACCAAGGCAGAAAUGAUUUGUUCUGGAAUUCUGCCUAUAGAUCAGAUGAGAGACCAUGUCCCACCUAUUUCUCUAGUUUGCCAGCAUAUCCCACGAAACGUUUUGGAAGCAACUUAUGGAAUAAAUAUCAUAAGGCCAAGGGAAGAUGACGAUCCAGAUCGAAAGCCAACAGCUGAAGAGCUGCUAACAGCAUACGGAUAUAUGAGAGGCUUUAUGACAGCUCAUGGACAGCCAGACCAGCCAAGAUCGGCUCGAUAUGUGUUAAAAGACUAUGUCAGUGGGAAGCUGUUAUAUUGUCAUCCGCCUCCUGGCAUUGACCCCAGUGAUUUUCAGCACCAGCAUCAAAGGUGCUCAGAGAGCAGAACUGUGCAUGCCAAUGGACAGGUGAAGCCUGAGAAGAAUACCAAAGCAAAACAGAUUGAAAAUGUGGUGGACAAAACAUUUUUCCACCAGGAGAAUGUUCGUGCCCUCGUGAAAGGAGUCCGGGCUGCAAUGGGAUACCGGCCUAGUGGUGGCCUUGUGUCUGUGACUACACCCAAUCCUGGGAAUGUUGUAGGAAAGCCCUGGAAGAAACAUGGAAAUAGGAACAAGAAGGAGAAAAUCCGCAGGAUCACUAAGCACCUGGAGGCUUAGCUGUGGCACUGGUGUCUGGCGUUUCUAGGGCAGGCACUGUGCUGUCUACAGGCCUGAACUGAGGCGGGUGAGAAAAGGAUAAGUGGGCAUCGCUUGCUCACCUGCUGUGGAUUGUCCUGGGCAGGGGAUGACACUGGGCUCUGCUAGUUGAGCUCACCCCUUCUGAGGGCAAAAGAGACCUGGCUGCUAGUGUUAUCUGGAAGCCAGCCCAGGCAUCUGCUUGCUGCUGAAACAUCCUUUCAAUAGGAGCAGAUGGAACUGUGUAGGAAUGUUUUUUCCUUCCAUAAAGGAUGUAUUUUGUAGCAGUUGGGAUCAAGGCAAGACCUGUAAAACUGACAAAAAUUUUGGAACAUUUGAAUUUCAGUGAGUGUUUUUGGUUACAUUUUGUGGCACUGUUGCUCAUUAUUCUUUUUAAGCUUGUUGAUUUGAGAAUACUUCAAUCUGGUGAAAAACACAGUAAAGGAUCUUUAUUGCCCUCA